UUUUUUUUGUGUUAGUUUUCCCCAGGUGCUCUUUGGAAUUGCCAUUGGCUAUAUUGUUUGACAUGUGUUGUGUGUCUUGACUACCAGCAUGAGGCUUUUUCUACUGACAUGGUUUUUCCUGAUUUCUGUUUGCUGUGGGGAACAUGCUGUCAGGAAGGCUAUGGAACACUUCAACGUCUCAGCCUUCGUCAACUUCAACGUCAGCCAGCCCCAUUGAAACGCUCAUUGUGAAUGCGACCUCGAAAGUGGUGAGGCUGCCAUCACCUGAUGUGACCUUGUCAGCAUUUGCCAUGCCACCGCCUUCGCCUGACGUGGACCCCAAGGGAUACGAGUACAACUGGAAAUUGAUGAACGCCUUGCCCGGGGGAGAAGACAAGGGGACCACCACGAAUCAAAAUAGUGCUACUCUCAGACUCUCUGAUAUCAAGCCAGGGGUUUACUCUUUCCAGGUGACUGUCAAAGGAACGCAUUCGUUUGGCUCAGCAACUGCAAAUUUAACCGUUCUUCCGCCAUUGAGGGUCAACACUGCACCUGUUGCAAUGGUGGAGCCUGUGACCCAAGUCAUUCGGUUGCCUUCCAACUCUGCUCUCAUUGAUGGUUCUGCGUCUCAAGACGAUGACAAAGUAGUCACUUUCAAGUGGACUUUGGAACAGGCUCCGAUUGGUUACAGUUUACCGAGUGCCGUUGAAAACGGGUCCGAAAUGCUGAAGCUGGUGAACCUCACUGCUGGCAACUACACUCUGAAGUUGACGGUGACUGACUCGGACGGGGCGACCAAUUCAACCUUGGCGUACGUGCGCGUGGAAAAGGAAAUUGACUACCCACCCGUGGCCAAUGCAGGAGAAGACAUCGUCGUCUAUCUACCAGUUUCUUCAGUUGUUUUGAAUGGAUCCAAAGGAACGACGGAUGAUCGAGGGAUUGUGUCCUGGGAGUGGACCCGUGGUGAAGGAGCGAACCUGGCGGUGGACAUGCGAGACACGCGGAAUGCCACCUUGACGCUCUCCAAACUUGUCGAAGGGGUUUACUCCUUUGUCUUGAAGGUGACUGACACAGCGAAUCAGACUGCGAGUGACGAAGUCCGCGUGUUUGUCAAACCACCUGAACAAGGAAACCUGGUUUCAAAUGCAGGAAGAAACGUUUCGGUAACUUUACCAGUGAACGGAGUGCUUUUGGAUGGAAGUGGCAGCUCACCUGGCGUGAAAACCUGGAAUUGGACUCAAAUCAAAGGACCUCAGCAAGCUGUGAUUGAACAACCGAUGGCUUCGAAAACCAUGGUGAAGUCCCUCACGAGAGGAGAAUAUGCUUUUAAUUUGACAGUUUCUGAUGGAGUGUCGUUUUCCUGGUCUGUCGUGAACGUCACGGUUGUACAAACUGAGAAUGCACCACCGAAGGCGUCAGCUGGGCCGGAUGUGUCGGUGACCCUGCCUUGUGCGGAGGUGUUGCUGAAUGGCACGGGCUCAACUGAUGAUGUGGGCAUUGUCAAGUGGGAGUGGACCCGGUUGGAAGGCAGUUCUGCAGCUGGGACAAUUGUUGGAAAUUCUGCCAUGACCCCUGUUUUGAAAUUGGUUGACCUUAUUCCUGGACACUAUGAGUUCAAACUGAGGGUGCAGGAUGAGCAAAGCGGGUUCUCUGAGGACACAGUAUCGAUUAUUGUGAAACCAAGUCCGAAUGAGUUUGGAGAAGUAGAACUGACGCUGAACGUGAACCUGGCCUCUUUAACGUCGGGAGAACUGAAGAACCUCGUCGACAAGCUCGAGCUGUUGCUGGACUCUGACGGCUCCGGCGUGACAGUGGCGGUCGUGAAGUUGUUUCGGGAGCGGCGCACUGGACGCGCCGUGCUGCGGUUCCUCGCCGCCACCAUGGGCGCAGGCGGCGGUGGGAACGAGGCGUCUGUGGAAACUGUGCUCAAGGGCAGAGACGUGGCCCUGAGGCUGAGGCAGAGGCUCUGGAGAGACCCGAACCUGCUUGGCUUCGACGCACUGGGCAUUGAGUCGGUCAUUUGCCAGAAUGAGUGUUCUGGCGUCGGCAGGUGUGACGAAGCCACGAGGGAUUGCAGGUGUGAUCCGUUUUGGAUGGAGAAUCCGGUCAGGAGGCGGUUUGGGGACGGGGAAGCGAAUUGCGACUGGAGCCUGAUUUAUGUGGCCAUUGUGGCUCUUUUUGUGGUUGGCUGCCUGCUGAGUGCCAUUAUUGCCACGAGAAGAGCCUGGAAACGCAAGAGAAGAUUGGAGGACGGAGGUUCUGAGAGAGCCAGAAACAAACGUGCCACGAAGCACAGGUACUCGCUUCUGAAUGGACUCGCUUCUGUGCCAAACCCGAGGCACAGGAAGAAGAAGGAUGCUGGUGUGACCACAGGACUGGGUGAGAACAACAGCGUGAUGGUGUCUGACUCAGACACCGGCUCUGACGUUUUGUUUCAAGCCAGACGUCCCGCUGCAACCACCAAUGGUACCACCAGCAGAAACUACGGUGGAAUAGCUGGACAAAGUCAGGCCAAUGGUGGGGUCCUGGUGAACAUUGGCGCCACUGCGAAUGGUAGUAUAGAGGCUGAUGUUGAGUUCAGGGUUGGAACUCUGGAAAAUGAGCCGGAGGAUUUGAAUUUACUGGCACGAAAAAUGCUUGUGCAUUCUCAGAUGGGGAUCAUGUUGUUGAAGAACCAUGACACCAGAAUA